UACUCUUAGCGAUACAGACGGAAAAUGAGAGUUGAAUUGGUAGAAUGCUGCACUGUGUAGUUCUUUGGUUAUUAUUCCCACUAAAAUAACUCGGAUAUGGAUCUUUGGACAUCUCAUUUUGUAGCUUUUAGUAACCGCUUGCUCACAACUCGUUUUUUUCAGCGAUGGACACCUCUAUAUUCGCUAUUUCUGACUUGCUAAUGAAUAAACCAAAGGAAAAAUGACUACUCGUCAAUAUCCCUGGAUGGGGUGGGACUAGAAUCGAAGCCUUGAAGGGACGGAAGACUUGCAAGUCUUCCUCUAGCGCGAUCCGGAGUGGACUCUGGGAAGCCUUUUUAUUUUUUUUCCUUUUGCAAGGAAGGGCAGUUCGUUCAUGGCUCCCGGGAAAACAGCUAGGAAAACUAUCCGGCCCCAGCUGGAUCGUCAGUUCCUCCACCGAUUCCUAAAGAUCCAAACAAUUUUAUUUCCUACCUUCACCUCUAAGAAUGCGCUGAUGUUUCUAACCUUGCUUGUAGUUGCUUUGUUGACUCAAUUGAUCAUUUACCAGGUGGGACUGAUUCCCAGUCAAUAUUUCUCAGUUCUGGGGGGAAAAGAUCUUUAUGAGUUCAAUAAGCUGACGGCAGUUGCUCUGAUUCUCAUUGUACUCAAUUCUUUGCUGAAGAGUUUAGACCAGUUUAUCUGCAAUUUGAUGUAUGUCAGCUGGAGAAAGACACUAACUGAAUACCUCCAUGGCUACUAUUUUCAGGGCCAGGAGUAUUAUACUCUGAAUGUUCUACAUGAGGAAAUUGAUAAUCCAGACCAGAGAAUCAGUCAAGAUGUGGAGAGAUUCUGCAAACAACUGAGCUCCAUGGCCAGUAAGCUGAUCAUCUCACCUUUCACCCUUGCUUAUUACACCUAUCAAUGUUUUUACAGCACUGGUUGGCAAGGUCCGCUAAGCAUCUUUGGCUAUUUUAUCAUUGGGACAAUUGUUAACAAGUUCCUAAUGAGUCCCAUUGUUUCAAAAUUGGUGCAACAGGAAAAACUUGAAGGUGAUUUCAGGUUUAAGCAUAUGCAGCUGCGGGUGAAUGCUGAAUCUGUUGCUUUCUACAGAGCUGGGGAAGUUGAACACAUGCGAACCAACUACAAGCUUCAAAACCUUUUAAAGACGCAAAGGGAAUUGAUUGGAAAGGAACUGUGGCUAUACAUUGGGAUCAACACCUUUGACUAUUUGGGCGCCAUCCUGAGUUACGUGAUGAUUGCCAUUCCUAUAUUUAAUGGAGUAUAUGAUGAUCUGAAUCCCACAGAAUUGAGCUCCUUAGUUAGCAAGAAUGCCUUUGUCUCCAUUUACUUGAUUCACUGUUUCAGCAUCUUAAUUGAUUUAUCUACCACAGUGUCUGAUGUCGCUGGCUACACGCACAGAAUUGGAGAGUUGCAGGAAGUAUUGCUGGACCUUUCCAAGAAGCAAAAUCAUACUGAAUCAGAAGACAAACUGGACUUUGACAGCAUUUCUAGAGAGAAGAGGGUCUCAAGCGACACCGCUUUUGUUCUGGAGCAUGUUUCCCUUGCAGCUCCCUCCAAGAACCUGCUUAUCAAGGACCUAAACAUGAGAGUCACACAAGGGGACAAUCUCCUGAUUACUGGAAAUACAGGCACAGGAAAGACAUCUUUGUUGCGUAUUCUCGGAGGCCUGUGGAAGUGCAAGCAGGGAGAAGUCCAUAUGCUGAGUUCCUUUGGCCCCCAUGGAGUGGUGAUCAUACCUCAGCGUCCUUUCUUCACAGAUGGAACGCUGCGGGAACAGAUUAUAUACCCUCUAAAGGAAAUCUAUCCAGAUUCUGGGUCUAUAGAUGAUGAUAGGAUACUCAGGUUCCUGGAGCUGACUGGACUGUCAGACUUGUUAAUGAGAACAGGAGGUUUGGACCAGCCUGUGGACUGGAACUGGUAUGACAUUCUUUCACCAGGUGAGAUGCAAAGGCUGUCAUUUGCUCGCCUGUUCUACUUACAACCCCAGUAUGCAGUGCUAGAUGAAGUUACGAGUGCAUUGACAGAAGAUGUAGAGAAUGAGAUGUAUAGGAUCUGCAUCCAAUUGGGAAUGACUCUGGUCAGUGUGGGCCAUCGCAAAAGUCUGGAAAAGUUCCAUAGCUGGAUUUUGAAACUAUAUGGAGAAGGAAAAUGGGAGCUAUCAAGAAUUGAGAAACGCUGAACUAUUCUCACAUCAAUCACAGAAAAUAUUGGAGUUAAAGUCUCAAGUUAAAGUGCCUUGGAAUCAGCAUGCUUAAAUGGAGAAAGUAUGAUUUGAAAGUUCAAAAUUACAUGUGCCAAGAAGAUUUCCAAUUUUUAAAAUUCAUGGAAAGUUUUUUAACCAUUUUUUAAUCUUAGAAAUUUGAUUCCAAUCUAUUGUUUUUAUUGCUGUACCCCUUUUACAACCUUUCAUACAGAAGGGAAAAUAAUAAUUUUGUUUUCUCUAUGGAACUCAUUUUCAAGUGUGACUGAUAUUAAAGCUCUGCAAAACAGGAAUUAUGCUGGCCUAUCUACAUAAGGACAGUGAAUGUGCCACAGUCCCUUUGAUCAUAAUUUAUAUCAAGGUUGGAACUAUAGCUUCCUUGCCUGAAUCGAAGGAAGAAAGAGGCUGUGUAAUUUCUAUGAUCUGUCCUUAGUCCUCUAUUUUUUGAGUUGCUAGCAAAUGAAUCUAUUAACUUGUCCCUAGAGCUGUUUAGUCAGACUGUUUAAAGAUUCAAUGCAAAAUAACAAUGAGAUUUGUAAAAUGUCAGCACCACUUGAUAAAAAAUCAAAUAAGCAUUUCUGGACAAGUUGUGAAAUACAAGAUAGAGCUUUGCAGAGGGUAGGGAUGGGAGUUUUUUCAGUGGUUCUAUUCCUUCCUCAGUGGUCAUUCCAGUCUGUGAUGGUGUAGAGGUCAGUGGCCUCUGACAUGUGAAAUGCCACAAGGGUUACAUCUUCUGUUCAUUGUCUAUAUUAGGGCUGUCAAACUCACAGCCUAUGGGCCAGAUGCAUCAUGCGCUGGUCACACCCACGCCCGAUUAGCAAAGGGGGGAGUCCCGAUACGUCAUGUGAUGUCGCUGUGACGACGCAAGUUUGACACUCCUGGUCUAUCUGAAGCUUCUGGGAAAAGCCACCUGAUAUUUGGAGAUUCAGUGUUAACAGUAUGCUAAUGAUAGUCAAUGAUAUUGCAUUACUAGCCAGGCUUUGAGGGGGUGCUAUCAAUGUCCUUUCCCAGGAUGACAGAGAAAAGACUGAAAACGAAGCUUGGUAAGUUGGAGUAGGUUCUCUGUUGCCACAAGAGCUGUUUCUGAUGAGCAAGCACCCAGAUAUCUGCAGGACCACAUACUCCAAUCAGUCCUGGUCUGACCAAUAAAAGCAAACACAAACUAAACUCAUCCUACAUUUUUAAGAGGCUCAGGGGCCUGGAGCAAGAAGACACUGGCUUUUCAGUUGCAGCAUCAAUGCUGCAGGACAGCUUGCUGGUAAAGAUCAGGCUAGCCCCCUCGAUGUUUCAGAAGCU